GCCGUCCGCCGGUACCUUCGAUGCUCGGCGAUCAUGUCGUCCCCCGGUUUGGCGUAAAGGCUGAGGAGGGAAGGGCUCGGCGGCGUUGCUUCUCCCUGGUAGCGCGACGACAGCGCGGCACGGCGGUCACCAGCAAUGGGGUCCAGGAUCAGGAAAUAUCCCGCGACUACUUUUGAAGUGUAUGCAGAAGUUACACAGCCCGAGUCUGGUGGUUCAGAUCCUGAGGUGCGGAGGCAAUUCCCUGAGGACUUCAGCGACCAGGAAGUUCUGCAGACAUUGACCAAGUUUUGUUUCCCUUUCUAUGUGGACAGCCUUACAGUCAGUCAAGUUGGCCAGAACUUUACAUUUGUACUCACUGACAUUGACAGCAAGCAGAGGUUUGGAUUCUGUCGCUUAUCUUCUGGGGCUAAAACUUGCUCCUGCUUCCUAAGCUAUUUACCUUGGUUUGAAGUUUUCUACAAGCUUCUGAACAUCUUAGCAGAAUACACUGCCAAAGGCCAGGACUGUCAGUGGAAGAAUUUACUGCAUUUACUGUACUGCAUUGUUCCUCCGCAACCAGGUGAACCCGUACAGUUAGGUGUGCAUUUGUACUUUACUACACCUAGUGACCAAGAACUUCCUAGCAUACCAGAAAAUAGAAACCUGACAGAGUAUUUUGUCGCUGUAGAUGUCAGCAACAUGCUCCAUCUUUAUGCCAGCAUGCUGUAUGAACGCAGAGUUCUCAUCACCUGCAGCAAGCUGAGCACUUUAACAGCCUGCAUCCAUGGGUCAGCAGCUAUGCUAUACCCUAUGCAUUGGCAGCACGUUUACAUUCCUGUCCUCCCUCCACAUCUGUUGGACUACUGCUGUGCACCAAUGCCCUAUCUCAUAGGAGUGCAUUCAAGUUUAAUGGAGAAAGUGAGGAACAUGGCUUUAGAAGAUGUAGUAAUACUAAACGUGGACAACAAUACACUGGAAACACCAUUUGAUGAUCUUCAAAGCCUUCCUAAUGAUGUGCUGGCAACACUAAAGAACCGACUUAAGAAAGUUUCAACAACCACUGGGGACGGAGUUGCUCGUGCAUUUUUGAAGACUCAAGCGGCUCUCUUUGGUAGCUACAGAAAUGCUCUGAAGAUUGAACCUGAGGAACCCAUAACGUUCAAUGAAGAUGUUUUUGUUUCACAUCGCUCUAGUGCCAUGAGGCAGUUCCUACAGAAUGCCAUCCAACUGCAGCUCUUCAAACAGUUCAUUGAUGGUCGACUCGAUCUCCUGAAUUCUGGAGAAGGAUUUAGUGAUAUUUUUGAAGAGGAAAUAAACAAUGGCGAAUAUGCAGGAGGAAGUAACAAAUCCUAUCAUCAGUGGCUGUUCACAGUGAAGAAAGGAAGUGGGGCCAUCAUAAAUACAAUGAAGACAAAGGCAAACCCUGCAAUGAAGACUGUGUACAAGUUUGCAAAAGAUCAUGCGAAAAUGGGAAUAAAAGAGGUGAAAAAUCGUUUGAAGCAAAAGGAGAUGGCAGAAAAUGGCUAUUCAGUGGCAGGAGACAAUGUCCAUCAUAAAGGUAUGGCGUCCCCUCUGUCCGAGAAGAAGGAAGGAAGGCAGCGAGAUGACCGGCGGCCAAUAACCAUGCACUUUGGGCAGCCAGAGAGAAUCCCUCCACCUCGCCCACCUCCUCCAAAGAUAAACAGUGCUACUUCACCCGCACGACCUCCAAGACCAGCAGUUAAGAAGCCAAGAAGUAAUGCGUUGCCAACAGAGACUCGAAUAUCUUCCAUUUCAAGCCCAGAGCACAUCGUAAGGCCCACACGGCACUACACAGUGUUCCUUUCUGAGGAGUCUUCUGAUGAUGAGCUUCACCAUGAAGAGAACUCUAUAUCUGCCUUCUCUGAAAGCUUUCCCUUCACUCCUUUUGAAUGGCCUCAACCAUAUAAAACUUUAAAGGAGUCUGAUACAGCUGAUGGAGAGGCCUUGAGUACUGAGAAGAGGCAAGGACAUGGCAUCUUUCCCAGCCUGUCAGUACCAACCAGGAAUAUGGAUGUGAAUUUAUUGGAUGACCUGUUCAGCAGUAUUAAGGUAACUUCACAACAUCAGCCACUCAGUCAAGCGAAGAGUAUGGAAGAUCUGAGGACACCUAAAGAAGAAGAAAUAGAAAAUCCAUUUGGACCUCAGUGGAAAGGAAUGGCAUCGUCUGAGAAGAACAAAGCCAUGUCAACGGGGCUGCACCAUACUCUGCCUCAUACCAAGCUCCGGAGCGCAGUCCAUGACGACGUGCCUCUGGGUGUUAAACCUAUCACCAGUUCAUCACCUGGAAGCAUUCACUUUGGUAGCUUCUUCACGGCGAUCGAUGCAGAGACUUCGAGCAGAGACACUUCGUUACCCACGUCAGACCCUCCGGCAGGCAGCUCGGGCAACAUCACAAUUCCACGGCCCCAAGGGAGGAAGUCCACAGAGAAGGGGAUCGGGCUGCCGCCUCCAGUGGCUGUCAGUCGAGGCGUUAAACAGCAGGCUUUUCCUGGACUCGAUCAAGUCUCGACUGUGUUGCAGGAUAGCUCCAAACAAGAUGCACCCAGGUCCAGUGCUAGUUCAGUGACUGAAAUGUUACAGGAGUCCGCAGGAGUUGAGAAGAAAUCAGACUUAAGACCAUUGAAUCUGACCCCUCAGCCUCCAUUAAGUUCAUGUGCUACUGAUAUCCUGAAGCCUAUCAAAAUCAGCAAGGGAGUAGAUAACAGGAACGAUCUCUUGAGUCUUUUGGAUCCACUUAGUUCCACUUCUGACCUUGACAGGGACCAAUCUCCAGGUCCCAGUGCUUCAUUAGCAUCUGCAUCAUCUUUGCCUUCAGUUCCUGCUCCUUUGGCUUUCGCCACACCGGGAACUGACCUUGGGAUAAGUACUCCACCAGCUUCCUUACAGUUCAGCCAAACCCUGGGAUACUCGACUCCCAGCCCGGCCCCGAUGGCGCAGUUUCCCCAACCUCCAUCUUAUCCGUUUUCCCAAACAAUGCCGGCUGCUCUUCACUUCCCUCAGGUCCAGCCUGCUGCAACUCACUUUGCUUCUCCUGCAGCCUCUGCUUAUGUUUCAAGCUUCUUGCCGUCAGGUGCCGGCUUCUUCCAACCACAAAUGCCCCACAGGAACUAUUCAGCUCCUUCCCUCCACCACUUGUACACUCAGCCCAAGGCUCUGCCUCAGUCAGGGACCUUCAGUAAGCAAAGUACAAUCUCUGCAACCAGCCUGGUUGGUGGAAGCUACACGAAAACAGCAGGAAAUGUGGCUGAUUCCAAUUCAUCAGUGGCUAGUGCAGGGAAAAAUUUAACUGAGCCACCAUUGGUUCCACCAAAGCCCUCCAAAGGUCUUGAAAGAAUUUCACAGCCAUCCGAUCCUGGGGGCGCUGAAGAUCCAUUUGCGGUUUUGCUUAAUGCAACAAAGAAGGAAGCAGCAACUUCACAAAGUAGAGUGGACCAGCUCAGGAAGAAGUGGGAGACUUUUGAAUAACAGCUGACACUGAGUGUUUCAUUGAUAAAUGAGCAACACUGGAGUCUCCAUAUACUGUGGCCUUUGGAUGUCUCACACAGAAAAUAUCUCAUUAUAAGGGGUACAUUGUACAAGAGGUCGUUCUGUAUGGUUUCGUAAUAGCCAUAAGCAGUGCAUCUUGUAUCCAUGAUAGCUAUGGUGAGGUAUUGUGACACUAUAUUUCAAACCCAAGGAAAGCCAUUUCUCAUGAUUUACACAUGACCUGCUCUAUAUGGUGAUUUACUGUGACUUCUACAUUUGCUUUCUUGUAAAGAAACACUCCUGAAAAGCUGUCAAAGUUCAACUUGAGAUUGCCUUCGUUCUUUACUUUUGAUUUCCUUUCUUUUCAUUUGCUGAGUGACAGCAUUGAUGUGUACUUCACUGUCACCACUGUAAUAGCUCACCAUUACUUAGCACUGAGUUUAAAUACUUGCAUCAUGUUAAGCCUAGUAAGUAUCACACCAUAAAUUUGUCAGUGUAGUUAUUACUUUUGCUGCACCUUUCUGUUGUAGUGCUCUUGAUCAGGCAGUAUUUUGAUAAUUAUGAGUUAUCAUAAAAUGAAUGCUAUAUUUAUCUGAACAUUCUUAAUUUUCCUACCAUGACAUCAGAGAGUAGAAUCUGUGGCUCCUGAACAUGAACUUUUUUUCGGAGUUAAUUAUGACAAAGUAUUGUAUAUUUAUUGUAAUUGUGCGUGCAAAGGAAGCAAGGUAAAUCAGUGUUCAGCUGUAUCAUACAUUUCUCUUCCCGCUAAGUGAAGCUACUUUAAUUCAGUCUUGUUGGUGAAAUAUUUUAUAUUGGCUUUACUGUGGGAUAAGUUCCGCGUCAAACGAUUGUGCCCAAGUUAAUAGAUUUGUCAGUUUAGAUUUGUUGAAGAACAGUCCGCAGCUCUGUGUCGAUCGUACAGCCACUACUAGCUAGCAACUUUGACUGAGUAUUAUAAUGGUUGACAUAACGUGCUCUGUGCUCCAAAUGCAACAAAGGUCCUUUUGCCAUCGUGUAUCUGGGUUUGAGUAAUACACACCUGUGUGACCACUAACAGUCUGAACACGAGAACCGAUGGACCGGCAGCAGGACGUCCAGAUUCAGGUGAACCGUCCUCAGAUUAUUGUGUGGCCUCACAAGGUGCAUCCUUGAACAUUUACCAGGUUUUUGAUUCAUUCAGACUACUUAUUUCCCUGCUUGAUGCACUUCAGCAAGACUAUUCUCUGAUCGUAAGAAAAUAAAGGUUUGGACCUUCCUCAGAUUCUCAUAAAUUAUGCAUUCCCUCAUUGGCUUGAGCAGAUUUUUAGCCCCUUCUGACUUCUACAGAGAGGCUUUACAACACGUGGGCCAUACAGUAAAACUACCCAGAAAGAAAUCUGAAAUAAUCUUCAUGGGAAACUCUAUCAAUCUGUGUAGCUAUUUAGUGUUCACAUUGGGACAUUUUUACAACCUUUGAGGAGGGAAUAUUUGCUAAGCAAUUGAGGCACUGUUUGUAGAAGCUAUCUUUUGUCUGCCCAGUAUGCACUCAGUUAACACACAUGGAUCCUUUCUGACUUAAUUGCGGUUAUUCUUGAAUGGUACAGUGGGGUGAAAAAGAAUCGAACAACUAAAUUAACGGUAUGAUGGCAUGUAGAUCAAACCAGAUUUUACCUUUCGUUCUGCAUCUGUUUCUGUAAAGUGCUGGGCAAUCCCACUGCAGUUAGUGUUAUGAAGACUGCCACUUCCAAGCCUCCCUUUGAUUUGUAGCGCAUAUUAGUUCCGUGUUUUACUUUGGAAAAAGUUAGUUCAAGCCACCCAUUUUUAAAGUUCAUAGGUAAGAUUAACUUCUUUAAGUUAUCAAUACUGUAUUUUUAUUAAGUCAUGUAAUCAAUCAAGGAUGUCAUCAAAACGUUCCACAGAUAAUCCUGGAUGUGAUAAUCCAGUGGCAAAUUCAGUAUUUAUAAACUGCCAUGUGUUUAUGUGUGAUAUCCCCUCUGCAGUCUCACUGUUUCACACUCUAACUAAAGUAAACAACUUAAACAUUUCAGACAUUAUUUUGAACAGAUAUGAGUAAUGUCUGAUGUUUUCUAGGUGAAAAUGUGACUGUUCUUCAUUGACUACAUCUCUGAUCCAUCAGGGUUACUUGCCUUCAGUUACCAACACUUGGAUUAGGGUUUAGAAUUUACCUUCUUGUUGGUCCUUGCGUGAGGUGGCUGCUGGCUGUGUCAAAGUAACAUGUUCGAAUGUGCACACGUGCACAUGCGCGCGCGCACACACACACACACACACACACACACACACACACACACACACACACACACACACACACACACACACACACACACACCUGCAUUCACAUAAGGGCCACAGAUGACAGAUGAUUAUACAUUUCAUUACACAGUCACUACCCACACCAGUGUUGAUUCUGCGUGAGGGGCAAAUUGUGAAUGAGAUCACCGAUGGAAUGAACUGCAAAGUGAAUGCAUUUAAACAUUUAUCAGUAUAUAAAAUAUGUUUGAGCUUCAUAAAUAAGAUAGUUUGAUUUUUUUGCAAUCUUAAGAGGUACUUUUCAUCUGCCUAAAAUAGCUAAAAUAAUAUCUAACUUUUAAUAUAUUUCAUUUUUAUAUUUUGUACAAUCCACUCAAGAAACUUAAAGUGCUUACUGAUCAGUCCUGCUUCAUUUUGGGGAGCUUUAAUCGUGGUUAACUUGAGAUGGAAUGCUCACACUAAUAAUUGGAAAAUAAGGCACAAAACUCCAAGCUAAACAUACAGAAUAUGACUUGAUGUUUUGCCUGUGAUGUUUUACACUGCAUAUUUUGCACUGGAAAAAAAGUGGUAACCAACCAAUGACAAGAUUGGGAAGCAGUUUCAUUGGCAUGGAUACUCUUCAAUUGCAGGACUGGCUUGUCCUUACUGCCAAAGUUUUAUCUUGUUUGUUAUUAGCACAUUAUAUAGUAUUGAAAAUUUGUUUAGUUUUAGGCUUAUCAAUUUUUUUUGAAAUAAAUGUUGCAGCAACACAACUUAAAUUGUUAAUGAAACCACACAAGACUGAGGAGCUACAGUUCAAAACGAAUGCAUCUCUGUUUGUUCCUAUCUAUUCACAGACACUCAAUGUCUCAACCCUCUCAAAAGGACCCGGGCACAAAUUUCCAGUUUAAUAAUUAGUUUCAAGCAACCUUUGUACAUGGGAUACUUAAACACACUUUAGCUAUACAAAUGCAAAAUUUCCAUGUUUGAAAUAAUAGUUCCAUAAUUAAAGUUCCAUAAUUACGUUACAAGUAAUUAAAUAAUUGCUUUGGAAAAUCCAUCUGAAUGAGUCAAUGAUAUUGCAGUGGCUUUUGACAAGAGCUCUAAUACACACAUUUCCUCAGAAUUACAAUAUUAAUGUGCCUCGAACACUUCUGAAUGUAAAAUAGUGUGAUAGACUGAAGCUGAGGUAGUAUGUGGAACAGCAUUAGUGUUAGUGAAUCCGUUUCAUUUACUCACACUAAGACACUACAGCAAUCCUUCACGAUGGUAAUAGCCAUCCUUGGCGUUGUAUAAUAUGAUGACAGGAUUCCUGUUAAAGCUUACGCGUUGCUUUUACAACUUGGCUGAAUAAAUGCUGCUAGGUAAUUGUACCAAGCUCCUGGGUAUAUAGUGAAAAGUGUUUCUUUACCAGCAGUGCUUGUCAGGUAUGCAGUUUUAUUCUAUGCAUCUAUUUCUAGUUUAAUAUAUUUGUCACUAAUAUUGUGAUUGCGUUUUAUGUAUUGAAUUUUAUGGUGUGUGGCAAAAACUUUCAAUUCUCCCGUAAGGGUCUACUUGAUGUAUUAAACAACAGCAGCACAGAUUUAGUACGUGACCACAAAGGAUUUUCCACUGAGCUUUUAAUCUAGACUGUCCACAGAUAUGAGUAUAUACACAGUGAAUUUCAGAUCAUGUUGACAUUAAGCAAUAGCUAUUAAGUGUUUAUUUUAAUUGCAAUAAUAGUACAUCUAGUAUUUGUAACCAAGGCCCCAGUGACACUUUAAUCUUAAUAACUGGUAUUAGCAGUUCCUCGUCAAGUAUUAUGGAAGGCUCAUGGUUUACGUUUUUAGAGAUUUGUUAUUUUGUUGUAGAAUCUUAUUGACACUCGAAUUCUCAGUCGAACAUUUUAAAGAAUCCAUGCAGAAAUAUAAAAUUCAGACACAUGUUCCAUUUAAUUUGCCCAAAAGAACUGUUGUUUGAAAAAUACAAAAGGCAGGUUUAUGUAAGUGUUGCCAUGCUUCUAACCCAGGGCUUUUCUUGUGGCUGCUUUCCAAAGUUGGUUGUAUACAGAGAUUUCUGCAUUUCUAUGUCCAAAGACACUGUUUAGUUUCUGAAAAAAAAUUAUGGAAUCAAAGUAUGUAGAUAAUGGUUCGCUGCACAUGUGCCGGUGCCAGGCACAGAGGUGACUGGGCUCAGAGUCAGUGCAUUAUUAUUUUUGUGUUCUGUUAUUGAUUAUCACUCAUACAACUGUGAACAAAUGAUUUUUGUAAUUAAUAUGGUGAAGUGGAAUUGUAAGCUGACAGAGUGAUGCUGAGGGACUUAAAAGUAAUAAAAGAAAUGAUUCACCUGUGUAA